ACUGUUCAUACGUAGUCCGUGUAGACUCGGCCGACUCGCCCGACUCAGUUUGAUUUUUGGGUGCAGUCACCUGAAGGGCUGCUGCCGUCACCGUUAUGGCUCCAUAUUUACUCAAUCAUUUUGAAUGGACAAUUCUGAACCGUACACCACACCGUUACUCCAUCUUCACCACACCAUGACCACAUCUUCCAUUUCUUCCACACCAUCCUCUUCUCUGCCAAGGAUUCGGUUACUUUAUAAACUAAACCUUAAUUCUUCACUCCGAUUUCAUAACUAUGCCCAACAAAAUGGAUAGAUUUGCUGAAAUCUUCCGCCAUGGUGCUGAAGCUGCCGUCAGGGACACCAGCAGCGGCAGCGAACAUUCGCCGGAAAACUCCGCCGCCGACCUCUUCGACCUCGUCAAAUCGUUCAUGGAAAGAGAUGAUGUGGAAAUUAAUGAAGGGGAGGAGGAGGAUGGCGGUAAAGAAGAAUCAGAUAGUUUCUCUUGUGAUUCAGAUGCAGGGGUUAUCAAACUAAGAAAUCUGUUUGGUUCACGGGAUAAUAAGAGUGACGAGAUCAGAAUCGAAGCAGAACAAGCACUGAAGAAGCUCGUCGGAGGAAGAUCGUUUCAGGGGAUUAAACGAAAAUUGAUGGCACAUUUGCGCAGAAAAGGAUUCGAUGCCGGACUCUGCAAAUCGAAGGGGGAGAAACUGCACUCAUUUCCGGCAGGGGAUCAUGAGUACAUCGACGUCAAUUUUAGUGGAAAUCGGUACAUUGUAGAAGUAUUUCUAGCCAGAGAAUUUGAAAUUGCCCGUCCGACCAGAAAAUACACGUCAUUACUCAACACAUUUCCCGAGAUCUUCGUCGGAAAUCUGGAGGAGCUGAAGCAGGUGGUGAAACUAAUGUGCUCUGCCAUGAAACAAUCCAUGAAUAUUAGGAACAUGCAUGUGCCUCCAUGGAGAAGAAAGGGGUACAUGCAGGAGAAAUGGUUUGGUUCUUACAAGCGGACCACAAACCAUAAAGGGUCAGGAUCGGCAGAAGCAGAAACCUCGCCGGGAAUGAGUUCAGCCUGUUUCAAAGCCAGCCAUUGCAGAGGAGAUUUUGGUCGAAACAGAGGUAUCAUGGUUGGAAAUUUAACCGCUGCCUUCGGCGCCGAUGGGUUGCUACUGUAGUCAAUAAAUUGUACAUAAAAUCUGCUCAUAUUGAUUGUUCGUAUUAGGGGUUUGAUUCUUUUUGUUCUUGUGCAUUUUUUGUCCCAAGUUUCGCAACCAAAUGCGGAGAAAUCUAUACAGAUCUUUAAACAGGGCUUUAACUUGAUUUGAGCUACAAAUUUCAGAGCCCUAGAAAUACAAACAGUCCCAAUUUCA